UUGUUAGUUAGCUGUGCAGCUAUUGAACCGAACACACCUCACGUAGUCAUUUCUGUAACUCGCAGCUGUGCGUCGUUUUUGUUAUUUAUCAGAGAAGGUGCUGAACAAAAAUUGCCCGCUUUAUUACCGUCGGCGACUUGACAUUGAGAGAAACUGACCGUUAGCUUAGCUGCGUCUGUUCGUGUAGCAUUAGCAUUCGACGUGCUCGCAUGUACGGGUGAAGCUGCGUGUGUGUGUGUUUACAAAAUGCAGACGCCCACUUAUACACGGCUUACUAUCCGAACCUCCACAUUUUAACAUUAUAAAUAUGUUUGUAACACAAAAUAUAUUAUUUGCACGGAUAGUGAACUGCAGUGUACUGGGACACAGUCACAAAUCAAAUGAGGAGAAAAGGGAAGAUGUGGAAAAAUGCAUAUUAAUGAAAUUAUGUUUGGUGGAGGAAUAUGUGUCGCGUGCGCAGAUAGACGUUUGCACUUAGCAGAAUGAAAAUAAUGUCAGCUCGGCCUCCUCGGUGACAGCACAGUAAGCAAUGGACCAACACCGACCCCACAACCCCAACUCCAGCUACCGCCGCCACCGGUCAGAAGACAAGAGAGAGAGAGGCGACGGUUGGAGAAAUCCCAAUGAGAAUAAACACUUGAAACCGAACCACCACCAGCAUCAGUCUGGGGCCACUCCUGAGCAAAAGCCGCUGAGCUGUCCGAGUUUGAGCACCAGAAGGGAGCUGUAUGAAAGAGACUUUCCCCUGUACAAACAGCCUGUCGAAGUAGGAUGUUUUUCCCUCGACGCCGAACGCAGAUUUUUCAACGACAGCAGGCAGAUGAGAUACUUUGUGGAGCCUGACAGAAAUCCUAAUUUUGACCUGAGGGAUGGAUACAAGGGCCGCUACGUGAAGAGAGACGACAGUGUGAGGGAGAAGCUGGAUCACAUCCUGCGCUGGAUCGUAGCCAAUAGAUCAAAGCUUGACUCAAGUGCGACCACGGCCUCAUCACGCGCGCUAGAUGUCGACUUUGUCACGUGGCGGGGUCAUCUGACCAAGCUGCUGACCACUCCCUAUGAGACGCGGGAGGGCUGGUUGCUGGCUGUCACCAGAUUUAGAGGCACGCUUUACAUCAGUGAAGUGGAAACAGAAGCUGCUCAGAGGGAACGAGACAACCGCACCGAGAGGCACGAAGAGAUGAUGUACUGGGGGUACAAGUUUGAGCAAUACACAUGUGCAGAUAACCCCGACAGUUUACCUGACCCGAGUGGAGUGGUGAACACUAAUGAGGCCUUCUGCACCGUGGUGCAGACCCGGCUUGCUGAUCACAGACUUCUGUUCUCCGGUGAGGUGGACUGUCGGGAUAAAGAUCCCGACGCGCCAGCUCCUCCUGCCUGCUACGUCGAGCUGAAGACCUCUGCGGAGAUCUGCACCCCCAAACAGCGCAGCAACCUCCACAGGUUCAAACUGCUGAAGUGGUGGGCCCAGUCGUUCCUCCCUGGAGUCCCUCGAGUUGUGGCAGGUUUCCGGGAUCACGAAGGAGUGGUUGUUUCUAUGGAGACUUUUCACAUCUCAAAGAUUUCACAUCUCAUCAAGAACGAAUAUAACUGCUGGAAACCAACAGUCUGUAUGAACUUCUGCAGUGAUUUCAUGUCUUUUGUGAAGCAUAUGGCCACUGAAGACAAUCCGAGUGUGGUGUACCUGUUCUCCUGGGAGCCUCGCAGAGAUGUGACCUUCUCCAUCCACAGGGACUCCCAGUAUUCGUUCCUGCCACACUGGUAUGUCAAGGAGAUGACCAGUGGUGGAGACUCGCACCAUCAGUCCUGAUUUUACAAUAUCUAUCAACUACAACUGUUGAUGUUCUGUCUGUGACCUCCAGUGGAGGAGUCUUGACCAAAACACUUUGUCAUUUUAUGCAUGGAAAACUUAACUAGUGCAACUUGCACUAUUUAACAGAUCAUAAUCAUUCAGAGGGAUUUUUAUUAAGAUUUUCUUUUUAAUUAUUUGAAAUUGAACAGUGAAUUUUUUUUAUGUGGUGACAAAAGUAAUCACAGUAUGGUGUCAAUAGUUUCACAAACUUUAUUAUUCCCUGGUUAUUACAAUGAUUUCAAUUCCCAAAACAGUGUUAUGUUUAAUUAAACAAAACUAGAAAACUCUUUGGGUUGUUUUAAAUGUGAUGUAAAUAAAUGAAGAUGGCUUCAAGUAAGUAUUGCAUCAGCAGUUACAAAAUACUGGCGGUGAUAUCGAGUCCAACUUUGAGAUAGAAAACAAGUUGCCACUGGUUAAAAAAAGCAUUGAAAACAGUUAUGAAGAGUUCCAGUAAUCGUUCAAAUGUGCCACUGCCUUUGCUAUUGUUUUUUUCCCCACCAGUUGAGCUCCUUCUCAAUAAAGUUCAUUUUCAUCC